AUGGGACAAAUCUUGUCUUUCCCCCUCCAUCGAUGUCCAGUAAAUAAACCCCCUUCCUCCUUCUUACUUGUCUACCUUCUGGUUAUCUCUUUAUCCAUCGUCAAUUUCCUUUAUGUCACUCCUUCCGCUGGCCCUCUUGCUAACUUCUGGCCUUAUUCGCACGUCCCUACUAACUCCCUAGCCGCGCGCCCCAAUCCAAUGGUCUCCAUGGUUGAGACCUCCAAUCCCAAUCCAAAUGACGCCGCCAUGGAUACGGUUGUCCCUAAAACUGAACCUGCUGUACUGGAGGGAUCCAUCAGUUCAGCGGUGUCAACCCCCGAGGCUGAAGGCGAGAUCUUGACGCAAGAUGUAGCCCAGACGCAGAAACGAAAGGGUGGAAGAAAACCUAUCUAUGCGACCUCUGAGGAACGGAAGCAACGCAACCGUCAGGCCCAGGCUGCCUUCCGCGAACGGCGCACCGAGUACAUCCGUCAGCUCGAGUCCACUAUCAAGCGCAAUGAAGAGUCCCUGCAGACCUUGCAACAGAACCAUCGCACCGCCGCUGAUGAGUGUUUGAUGCUGCGAUAUAAGAAUUCCCUGUUGGAACGCAUCUUACUUGAGAAAGGGAUUGAUGUCCAAGCAGAACUACGCUUGAAGGCUGGCGCUCCGGGCCCGAAGCCCAACCCCAUGGCGGGGAAACCCCCCUCAUCCUUGGAGCGCGCAGCGUUGAACCGAAAUUCUGCCCAGAGGCAUCCCACUGGAAUCGCGCCGAAGGGAGAGCCUUUUGGAAUGCCGCAGCCUCGUGACGGAGCGUACGGCAUCCCCUCUCCCCAGUUUCAGGCCACGCCUCCGUCUCACGUCUCGUCGCCCUCCCAUGCCAAGUCGCCCGGGUUUGCUUUCCAAGGAGCCAUGUCCCCAGCUGGAGUCGACCCUCAGCAGGCGGCACAACACUCGCGCCUGUCGCACUCGAGGAAUCUCAGCCAAACAUCGCCUCCCAUGAGCGUCGCCCAGUCCGAAACCACCGACCCAAAGUCUGCUCUGCCGGGCGGUGCUGGCCCCAGAGGACCCCGUGUUGCUUCGGCAUAUUACCCGUCGCCAUUCCAAAAGCACUAUGAUCAGCUUGAACAAGAGUAUGACGCUCAGGCCGACCUAAUCGAUGAGGAGCAUGAAUCAUCUGUGGGCGCCUCGCCGUACGUGUCUGGCUUUAACGCUGCCGCAUCGGUUCCUGGCUCUCACUCCAUGGGCCACCAUAGUCUUCCGCAAUUCAAUCCACAUUCGGGAGAAGGAUCCAAUGGAGCAUAUAACAAUACGAACCAGCUCCUGGGAAACUAUGAGCCCAUGCUCGAUGCAGAUCCCUUUGGGUUGAGUGCGAGCAUGCACUUCCAGACCCCCUUCAGCUACGAACAAAAUAAUACCCGUCACUAAACACCACUUUCCGUCUCUACUCUCGGUCCACUACUUCGGCUAUCCCGUGUUAAUUUUUUUUUUCCCCUACUUCCCCUUUAUUCUUCUAGUCGUCUGCGACCGGUCGAGGAAAUAUACCCAUAGGAAACAAGGAUAAGAACUGAUUUUACUCUGAUUCGCAUCCGGCUUCGUUCUGGCAUCCCUCGGCAUGGCAUCGGAAGACAAAAGUGAUUUUCAAGCAUUGCCCGGCGUUCUGCGGUUGAUACCAUUUGCUUGUGUUGGUUGUUGAUUGAAAAAGAGAUGCUUGUGAGGUUUCAAAAAGAUAGUUUGUUGGUGUACAUGAUGCGCAUACGUGUGAAGCUUCCGAAGAGGACUGCCGAGCAGUCUUGAUUCUCUGGACAUAUAUUGUUAUGCUGGGUUAUGAGGUGGCGUGGCUUGUUUAUUUUUACUUUUCUAUUUUUUAUGUUUAUUUUCUUUCUGUUGUACGUUGCAUUAUUUUUG